AUGCGUACAUACAUCCCGACAUGUCCUACCAGCACAGAUACUGUAGUACGUUUGCAGUCCAACUGUUUUCGCCGCAGAGCCUGUUCGGUGUCCGGGAGACUUGCAGAGGUUCAGCAGCUCCUCGCGCAGGGCAACGCAAAAGGGGCCGAGCGCUUCGAAGCGUCGCUACCGGGGUCGUGGACGAAGCCGGAGGCGCUAAGCUCCGGUGGCGACCGUAUCGAAUCUGCCAGCGCAUACCAUCUUGACCCUUGGCCGUCGGUGUUACUGUACUGUUUUAGGGUUUGCAAUCAGGGCCACACGAGUCGCCAUGCUUUGCCGGCGAGAGACCCGUCUUCACCUGCUUUCGAUCCUGCUCGCUUGCAGCUUCUGGCAAGGAUCCACCGCGGAGACCUGACAUCUGCUUCCCCCAAAGCUGAGGAAGAGUGCCGAACGAAGCCCAACCGGCAGCAAACCGCGACCCCGGAAAGCAUCGAACGCAGCGCCACAACGGCCUUGAUUCUUGCCUUGGUUUGUAUUCCAUUCUUCUUCGUCUUCUGCGUCAUUACUGUGCUUCUGUGCUUGAAGCCGUGCCCGCAGACAAGAAUCCAGGAGAAGGUGGAAAGCUGUGCUUGUGUCGGUGACCGUGGCAAGGGCUCAGGCGGCUUUUGCCGCUUCGUCUGGAGCGGCUUCCUCUUUGGUUUAUGUCCGACCAUCUGGUUCAUCGCGUCGGGCAUCGGCUUUAUGGUCUAUGUCAGUGAAGUGUGGCGGAUGAACUGCAGCACUCUUGCAGACUUGCAACCUUCGCUGUGCGCUGAGUGGAAGCAGCCCUAUGGAGAAGGGUGGGACGCCGCGGAGUGUUGCAGCAGCCUUUAA